GUUCGACAUACAAUGAUGAUGUCGAACCUUCCAGAUGAUUUGUUAGAGGAGAUACUCUGUCGCGUUCCGGCCACAUCUCUAACACGGUUACGUUCUACUUGCAAACAAUGGAACCGUUUAGUCAACGAUAGUAAAUUCGCAAGAAAACACAAUGAUAAAGCUGCAAAACAGUUUCUCCUUCUCAUGGUAACGGAGGAAUCUAGGGUUUUUUCCUUGAGCAUGAAUCUCCAUGGAACUCCUUCUGUAGAGGCUACACGUGAACUUAGCCUAAUCCGUCCCGAAUUUAACUCAAAUCAAGUCAAUAUAAAUAAUGUCUUUCAUUGCGAUGGCUUGUUGUUAUGCACCAUCGAAAAAGACACUAGAAUCGUGGUUUGGAAUCCAUGUACUGGUCAAACCAAGUGCAUCCAAACCAGUGAUGAUCGUCCUUACAACUACGUUCUUGGAUACUACCAAGACAACAAGUCUUGCAAUAAGAGCUACAAAAUAUUGGGAUACAAGGGUUAUUAUUGGGUUAUCAAAAAUUUCAAACUCUAUGACAUUAGCUCUGGUUUAUGGAGGAAUCUUGAUGUCGUCACUCCAGACUUACACAUCCUUCCUAACUACCCCGUGUCUUUGAAGGGGAAGACUUACUGGUUUGCUGAAGAUGCCAAAGAGGAACCACAGCUAGUCAAAUUCUUACUCAGUUUUGAUUAUACAACAGAGAGACUUGAACGUCUACGUCUUCCCUAUCAGUUCACUAAUUAUGUAUCUAUGGCUCUAUCAGUUGUUAGAGAAGAGAAAUUAUCGGUGUUAUUACAGCGCACAAUGACAUCAAUGAAAGAGAUAUGGGUGACAACAAAUAAAAUUGAUGAUGGGACCAAAGUGAUGUCGUGGAGCAAGCUCUUUGUAGUGGAAGACAGUCGACGUGAUAUUUGGCGUGGCAUAAGUUUCAUGGUCGACGACGAAGAGAAGAAAGCCAUCAUCGUGUGUUAUGAGAAGAGAUGUAAUAUACAACUCUGGAUUACAACACUAUCCAUUGUUGAGGAGGAUAAUAAAUCCACACAAGUGGUUUUUCCAGUUUUGACAGAGCUUUCAUGUCAGCCAAAAUUCUUAGUCAAUUAUAUUCCAAGUUUGAAUUAA